AUGUCUGAAGAUAGAAAAGGAAUCUCCCUGCGCAGUGGAGGCAAGAGAAAGGGACGCCCGACUAUCAGCGCACCCAAGCAGAUCUCCGGCCCGAUCCCCAACAAUGGCGUCGACGUCCCACGCAGUUCUGGCGGAAAGGCUCCCCCCGGCGCUCAGCAGCCCAUGGCGAGGCCCCCUCCACGGGGAGGAAAGACCGGUGACCUGGUUCAGCGCAGGUACUCUACUCGCUUCAACAACCUGCCGCAAGACUUCGACGCAACAGCUCCGCCCGUCCCAAACCUGCCUACCUUCGAUCCAUCCAAGUAUGGCGCACCCCCCGGAGAAAGGCGGCCACCGCCCUCGAGGGGCGAGGGCGCGCCCCUGGGUCCCACGCGGUCGGUGGGUGCCGUACCUGUCGACGUCAAGGCACUGAGAGACCCCCAGCUUGCCCCUGAUCAAUAUGUCGCCAACAUUCUAAGCGAAGCCACCGAGGACGAGAUACGCGAUUACCAGGAGAGCUUGAGGAAACUCAAGGCGCGGGCCAAAACCGACCUGCAGCAAAAUGUCUACCAGAACCGUACGCAGUUCAUCAAGAUCAGCAAGGAGGCCGAGAAGCUGAAGAGUGAAAUGCGCUCUUUGAGGAAUUUGAUUACCGAGCUCAAGACGAACACAACCGCAUUGAGAGCUGCCUCUGCCAACUCCAGCUCAACCCUCACUGGCGAGCUUAGCACCGGACUCAGUAAGAAGGACAGGCGAAGCUCGGUUGCCGACCGAACCGCACUGUGGAACUCUCAGAUGCAAGCGUUGUACAAGAACGUCGAGGGCUCCCAGAAGUUCUUGCCCAACUCAAUGGGUAGGCAUGUCGUCCAGGAUGCUGGUUACUGGAUCGAGCUGGACAAUGCAACCUACAAGUCCCGGAGGUCUAUGCAGAUCUUCCUACUCAACGAUCAUCUGCUUGUCGCUUCUCGCAAGAAGAGAAAGGCAGAUCAGCCCAACGACAACCGCGCCCCGCUGACCAAGCUGGUCGCAGAUCGUUGCUGGCCUCUACUCGAGAUCGAGAUAGUGGACAUGGCCAGCACAAACGAAAGUUCUGGCAGUAGGAACAAACUUGCUGACGCUAUCAUGGUUCGCGGCAUGGGCCAGGAAUCUUUCAUCUAUCGGACAGAGAAGCCUGAGGACACCCAGAAGUCCGCCUUGACACUGAACAUCAGGAAGGCUGUCGAAGAGUUGAGAAAGGGGCUGCAGUCUGAGAUGGAAGCAAAUAACAAGGCCAAGGAGACUAUCAAUUAUUUCGCUUCCCGUGAUCCUGGUCUUCUAGAGAAGACCGAGUUGCUGCAAACCCUAUCGGACAUCAAGGACAUGCUCAUUGAGGUGGACGGCAAGCAGCAAAAUCUACGAUGGGUAGAAUCUCAGAUGGACGAGCUGGACAUUGAUAUCGCUCUACAGCACUUUGAGAUGGCCGUUGCCAAGGUCGAAAAGCUUAGAGACUUGGCAAGAGGGUUAAGAAAUAAUGCCAUUGCUCAAGACUUCAUCAACUUCAAGGUGCAAGAACGCUCCACGAAACUAGCAGCACUUAUUACCAGGAAUCUAGUCGACAAUCACGAUCAGUCGCAGAAGGCAAAGCGGAAUGUUAGCUGGCUGACUAGGCUUGGAUUUGAAGACCGCGCACGUGAGGCCUAUCUUGAAGCACGGGGUGAACUAGUCAAGAAGAGGUCAAGACAAUGCGUAUUUCAAGGCGACCUGCAUCUAUACAUCUGGCAGCUUUCCUUCGUCUAUUUCAGCAUAAUCCGCAACACAGUGGCCUGCUUCCAGUCGUGCUUCCCACAAGUCAUGCUCAGCGCCUGCGUCAAGUGGGCCAAAGAAGAGGUCGAAAGUUUCAACGUCAUCCUUGCACGCCAGCUAAGCAGCGUAGAAAGGGACGGCGAGGCUUGGAGGGAGUGUAUGGAUCGUGCAAAGACUCAUGCACAGAUGCUUGCGGAGGUGCAUCUAGACUUCAGAGACUUGAUCGGAAAGCAUAUCAGAGAAGAGUCUGCGGUCAUCGGCGACAGUAGGCCGAUUGGACUUGGCCUGAGCUAG